CUCUUCUUUAACUCUCACUCUCCUUACUUCUUUUGUGUACAGCGUCUUUUUGGAAAAGGACACGGACAAGAACAAACACUUUUGCACCGAGUUCUUCCUCCUUCUUCCUCUUUUUUUUUUACCAACCCGCUUCUUCUUUUCUAUCUACGCACACACACACACACACCCCUGAGCGUUCCUUUUCCACUUUUUUUUGCGCGCGCGCAACCUUCCCUAAACACUAUCAACUCACUCUUUCCAUUUUUGAUAUCUUCCUUGCCAUAUACAUUGCCAAUUAAUCGUAAUGCAAGACGAAAUUGUGUACGCUAUUCACGACUUUGUUGCCGAGAACGACGACGAGAUUGCUUUUCAUGCCGGGGAUUCCAUUGUAGUUCUCGAGAAAGAUGAAAAGUACAUGGACGGUUGGUGGCAGGGACGCAAUCCACAAGGACACGUCGGUCUGUUUCCUAUGAACUAUACAACACACGUUAAACCUACUCCAGCACCACCACCAUCAUCGAGCACACCAGCACUCAGUCCCGCUCACUCGUCGUCUGGCAGCAACACGCUCGAGGACGAGAUCGACAAUGCAAUAACUCACGUUUCAACAAACCUUAUUACUCCAAGCACGUCCACUUCUGCUUCUGCUGCAUUCAUGCAUCAACCACAGCCACCACCUGCUGGAUCCCCACCACCGCCCCCUUCUUCUUCGUCUUCGUCUUCUCAUCCAGCAUCCGUAGUAGCACCACCUCCUAUCACCACGAUCGACACAACAACAACUGCAGCAGCGGCUCCUUCUCCUUCUUCGAAAACAGAGGAUUGGUCGAUCGAUCAGGUUGCAGAAUGGCUACAGUGCGUUGGGUUGGAGAAUGUAUCAAGUAAUUUUGUUGAACAAGAAAUUACGGGUGACAUCCUGCUGAGCUUGACCAUUGAUUCGCUCAAGGAGCUCGGAAUCACUGCCUAUGGCCGUCGGUACAAGGUCAUGAAUGCGAUUGAAAAGUUAAAAAAUGCCACUGGCCAGGGUAAUGACGAGCAGCAGCAGCAGCAGCAGCAACCCAAAGAACAGCCAGAGCAGCAACAAAAACACCAGUCUGAGGCCUCAACGCCAUCUGUGCCUUGCUCUCCUAUCGAUUCUGACAGCAUGUACCAGUUUCCUCGAAAAGCACCAAUGCCGCCGCAGGGUGGAAGCACAAGCACGGAGCUCAAUCACAAUAGCAGCAGCACGACAUCGAGCAACAACAGUAGCAGUCAUCGACGACCUACAGAUUCACUCUUGACCGCCGGACAGUUAUCUCCUCGCAGCUAUGCAUCCUCGUCUGUGAGUCGAUCCAAUACAUUCCAGACCAUCUCCUCCUCAAAAUCAUCCACUUCUUCUUCGGGUCGCAUGCCCUCCCAAAAGAGCAGAGACAGCAUUGAGAAAGAGCGAGCUCCGUCCAUGGAGAAUCAGCAGCAGCAACAGCAACAGCAGCAGCAGCCAAUGGCGAGCAUUCACGAAUUACCCUCCUCUCCUCCAAUCCAUCCCAUGGACGGUGGACGCACAUUGUCGAUGGCUGCAGCCGAUCCAUUCGCCACACGUGACCGUAACAUGUCUGUCGCCUCUGUCGACCCAUUUGCAUUGAACCGUGCGUCGACCCAUGUAUUCAAGGCCCCCGAGCAUGAAGGAUGGCUGCACAAGCAGGGCGACAAGUACAGGACAUGGAACAAGCGAUGGUUCGUGCUCAAGGGAAGCAAUCUGUUCUACUUUAAGAGCCCUAAAGAAGUGCGGAUGAAGGGCAUCAUUCAUCUGCGCGGAUACCGGAUUGUUCCUGACGAAUCGAUCCAUCCGGGCAAAUACAGCUUCAAAGCACAGCAUGAACGAGAACGGACAUUCUACUUUUACACAGACAGCAAAGAGUCCUUACGGACAUGGAUCAAGGUCCUCAUGAAGGCCACCAUCACCCGCGACUUUGCUUCGCCUGUCAUGUCAUCCAAUCAUGUUGCGACUGUCCCACUGGAAGUGGCUCAGCGACUGCGACCACGACCGCCGUCCAUGCUCAUCCAUCCACAUAGCAGCAAUAGUAAGGCUGCUGCUGCUGCCGGUGCUACUGCUGCUGGCCACAAGUCACCGCCGAUCAGUCCAAUCGAACGACAAGAUGAAUGGCAAUCGCCACCACAGCUACAGCAUCAGCUAUCUGCCAGCACCAGCACCGACACCAAAAACAGCAGCAGCAGACUGUCUCCACAACAUCCUCCUCUGUCAUCUCAGCAAAGUCGCGAGUCGGGCAUCACUGUCUAUCCAACCACCCUCGAACCACAGCACCCUCACCAUUACCUCACUGACUCGCUGGCCGAUAAUGUGGGUGAUGAACCAGACGUGCCGGAUAAGUACAUGUACGAUCAUCUCAAUGGCCCAUCUCCCAUCGCACCUGCGCCUACACUGUCGUCAUCCAUCCUUAUGAGUGACGAAGACGAGGAUCUCAUUGAUCCGCACCACAAGGCUAUGGUGCAUUCACCGCCGCUUCAAUCACCGCCACUGCCGCCCGCAAAUUUGCCACCACCACCACCCCCUCCGGCUCCUUCAUCAUCUUCUGGCCCAAGUGCGAGAGAUCUGACCCGGGUCCAGUAUGUCGACUGGAUCAACAAGCACCUGCCACCGGGCAAGCGUGCGAUUGAUCUCGCGGGCGCAUUCAGAAACGGCGACUCGUUGAUCCUCCUUUUGGAGAGUCUGAGUGGCAAGACGGUGCGCCGACCACCGGCCCAGAAGGGUGGCUCGGUGAGCAUGAUGAUGCUCGAUAACAUUGUGGCUGCGUUCAAGUUCAUGGGCCGUGAGGGCGUUGUCGUCGACGGGCGAUACACGAUCAAGGACAUUUUCGGCGGCGAUGAAGAGAAAAUCAUGGAUAUGCUGGAUGCCAUCAUGGACUGGCGUGAAAAGAUGACCGACGAUGCUGCAUAAUGGAAAAUUUACACUACUUCUCCCGCAAACACUCAAUCACCCACUCACCACUGCCACUUUACCUCUCUCUCACAUUCAUUUUUUGCUAUUACAUCCCAUUUUCUUAAAGGAAAGAAAAAAAUAACACCCUCCCUAAUAACACACACACACGCACACACACACAAAGUAGAAUAUAGUCUAUAAACUUGUCACCAUAAAUUAUGUAUUUAUCUUUUUUUUAUUUGUUCCCAUAGCAAUUAUCUAGCACACUAGCACAAACAAAAAAAUAAGCUGAAACGCCAAAUUUUGCGACUACUGAGGGGAGCUGGUGUUGCGAAACGUCACCCUUCGCACAGUUUCACAUUCCGCCCGCCUUGCAUCUCUCCAGCGGGGUCGUCUGGGCC